AUGGAGGAGUCAUCAUUUUUCAACAGAAUGCUACUUAAUCUUCGUGCAACCUGCAAGUAUUAUACUGGCUACCCUAAGGAUCUUGGACCAUCAAGGGUUAUUCCUUUCUCCUCAGAGCGCGAGUUUAUGCAGCUUCUACAUAAAGGUCACCCUGUGGUUGUUGCAUUUACCAUCAAGUGUAACCACACAAAACAUCUUGACAAAGUAAUGGAAGAAGCUGCAGCCGAGUUUUAUCCACAUGUAAAGUUUAUGCGUGUUGAGUGCCCAAAAUAUCCUGGAUUUUGCAUAACGCGGCAGAAGAAGGAAUACCCAUUUGUAGAAAUAUUUCACAGCCCAGAACAGGCAGCUAAUCAAGGAAAAGUUGUCGAUCCAAAUAUCACAAAAUAUUCCGUGAAAGUUUUACCUUUCAACUAUGAUCUCAGUUCUUAUGGAUUUAGAGAAUUUUUCAAGCGCUACAGCAUUCGAUCAUCAGAUCCAGAGUGA